GUCUGUGCCUCUCCCACCAGGAGCCUCAGAAUGCGUUGCAGGACGCAAAGGGCCAGGCAGGCAGAGCUCCUUAGCAUUUUUACAUAACCAAAAUCUUCAGGAUUCCUGUCACUCCAGCGAGGCUCCGAGAGGCGUGGUCAGGGGGGUUCUCCCACUGGAGCUGAGAGAUUUUCAGAACGGCCAAGCCGUUGGAUGCUUGAUUCUUGGUCCUGACGGAGAAAUUAUUCAACUGUCCCUCUAUGACAACUACCAACACCAACUUCUUGGUGACAAUGACACAGACCAGCAAGAAGAUGGAGAACUGAACUUAAAUGUACCAUCGGGCGAUGCUCACUACUGUGCACCGAUUGAAGCAUGUUUCGAUCUUCAUAAGUCUGCAGAGACGGAUGUAAGACCACCCAACAGCUAUGUCAAUUUAGUGGUUGCAACAAAUGAAAACAAAAAGGAAGCAGAACCAAUGGAAAAAACACAGUGGGAAGAGAAACAAGAUGUUAAAAACAAAGUGUGGAAAUCUUCACCAAGGGAACAAUUGGAGGAGCCUGCAGGAGGCACCAGUGAGGAGCAGCAAGGGGAAAAGGAGGGUGAACAUCUGCCACCAGCCAGUUCAGGACAGUUUGGGAACAACACAAUUAACACCCUGGAAUUUGGACUCGGAGGGAAGGAUGUGGAAACUGUCGAGUCACAAGAAGGACAAAUGCGAUCCAGGAAGAACAAGUUUGAAAAUGUGAGGAAGCAAAAGAAAGAAGAGAGUGACGCUCGUCUGACUAAAAGCCACAUAGAAGACAAGCAAACCAAGAAAAACGCAACAGACACACAAGAACAUUCUACACUAACAUCUGCGAAAAAGAAGAGAGGCAUCAAGAAAAGAGAGAACAGUGAGACGAGGACAAAGGAAGCAGCAAAUGAAGCAAAAGGAAGACAGGAAGAGACGACCAGAAGAAGACGACGGGCGAAGCUAGAAAACAAAGAUGAUGAUCUUAAUGUUCCCUCACAUAAACAACUAGAAGAUGGUCUGGAGAAAGAGGAGGUGGCAACCGAACAGGAAACAUGCGACGCACUUGACAUAAAAUCCCCCAAAAGCUUCACCAACGAAACAAAAGCUGACACCAGUGUAGAAGACGACACUGAGCGCCUUUCCAGUGAUGACAAACACAACCCUGACAGCAGCGUCCAAUCAGUUAGUUUCCAAAGGUCUCCACUUGUGUCCUUGGGCACCAAUGUGAGGAGCUCACCGGGAUCUUCCUGUGAGGGUCUAUCGGCCGAUAGGAGGGUCCUCACAUCCUCUCAAGGUCAACUGUCAUCAUCGUGCUCCACCGUCAUGGUAACCGAGGAGCAGCUGAUGUUGAACCUGGUAAAGACCGAGGCCUCCAGAAGGAAUGAGGAAGAGAAGGCUCGUCGUCAGGCCGAGAGAGCCGAUAUACAGAGGCAAGAAUUGGAGAGAAGGAGGGAGCAAGAGGAGGAAGAAAGGAUGCGGCUGCAAGAGGAGAGGAAGCGGACAAAGGACAACAUGAGGACCGAGCUGGAGGAGGAACGGAGAAGGAGAGUUGAACAUCUCCGACUGAGGAAACUUGCAGAGGAGGAGGUGAGGAGGAGGCGCGAGGAGGAGGAGCAGGAGCGAGCUGGACGGGAACAAGCGGAGCGAGAGAGGGUGAGGAGGCGUCAAGAGGAGAGGAGGCGACAGAUGGAGCGAUUGCAGAAGAUGAGAGAGGAGGAGGAAGGGAGGAGGAAAGCGGAAGUGGAGCGACUCCACCUGGAGGAGCAGAGGAGACAGGAAGAGGAGUGCAAACGCUUGCAGGAGAUGGACGCGAGUGAGAGAGACAAGUACCUCGCUAUGAAGGAGCGGGAGGAGGAGGACAGGAGGACCAAAGAGGAAGAGCACCGAAUGAGGGAAGAAGAACAAGCUUUGAGGGCUGUAGAAGAGUCCAGGGUGGAGGCAGAGCUACUCGCCAGGCACAUGACGCAGUUGCAGCAGAAGACGGCCUUCAAAAGGGGCCUGCUGCUGGAGGCCGAGGGGAUGGAACAAUCGCAGGGGAUCUCCAGGCCGUGGGUCUACUCCUAUUUCACUUUGUUACAGCUACCGGACCUGAAGCCUACUAAAACGUAUGAGAGCAUAACACCGUGAUCAUUCACCUCCAUCUCUGAUGACCGUGAUGAUGGAAAGUGUGUAUCCUGUCAAAUGGGUCAGUCCAAGUUCAGGUCCCUGACAAGUAAUGUAUUGGAAUCCAUCCAUCCAUUUUCUAUAGUACAUUAGAGUCACAGCUCAUUGUGGGCAAGAGGCGCAGUACACCCUGGACGGGUCGCCACAUCUAGACAAACAGUCAUUCUCAUUCACACCUACGGGCAAUUUAAAGUCUCCAACUAACUUACCACACAUGUUUUUGGAAUGUGGGAGGAAACUGGAGUUCCCGGAGAAAACCCACGCAGGCGAGGCCGGAUUUGAACCCACAACCUCACAACUGUGAGACAGAUGUGCUAACCAGUCAUCCGCCGUGCCACCUUUCGCUUAUUAAUGAAACAACAAUAUAUUGUACGUAUAAUUACAGCAUUUCAUGUUAUAUUUUAAU